UUUGAAAUAACCACAUCCUGUUGUGCUGAGCCCAGAUCAACGCUCUUGUCUCCAGCAAAGCGGAGGCUGCUAGGAGGGUGAUGGAGGCCUCGGGGGAACAAAGGAUGUUCCUUGUGCUUGUCCUCCUGUUCUUGGGCCGAACCGAGCAAGCCACAGAGAGUUCUCCACAGCAAGACCUGGAGUGCAUCGCCUUCGAUGAGGAAUACAUGGUCUGUGACUGGGGCAGCAAGCAGAAGCCUGCAGGAAACUAUUUCUUCUACUACUGGUAUGAGUCUGACGAAGAAAAGGAGUGUGAGAUUUACCUCCAGAGUGGUGGUAUUAACACUGGAUGCCGCUUCCGUGAGAUUGAACUGUUUAAAUACUUUCACAUUUAUGUCAACACAAGUGACGGUACAAAGGUUUUCCAAAAAAAAAUGCAGUUGCAGAACCAAGUGAAACCCAGUCCACCCAUUGACUUCCAAUUUGAGGAGAAGGGCAACAACCAGCUGCUACUGUCUUGGGGUGCAGCCAAGCUCAAGAACCACUGCUUGGAGCAUUAUGUCAAGUAUAAAAGCAACAAGGACAAAAAAUGGCAGGAGGUGAAAACCAAUGAUAUGAAGUACAGUGUAGCCAGCGUGGAUCCCAAAAAGCUCUACACAUUCUACGUCAGGUCUAAAGUAAGGUCCGAAUGUGCAACCACAAACCUUUGGAGCGACCCAGCCGGUCCUUUAUUCUGGGGGAGAAACACCACCAGCGAAGAUGACCCUCCUGUCUCAUUCUGGAUACAGAGAAUCAUCAUCCCUCUAGGCUCUGUCCUCAUCCUGCUUCUCCUCCUCUUGAUCCUAAUGCGCAUGGAGAGAGUUUGGCUGGUACUGAUGCCCAGGAUUCCCAACCCCAGGAAUAAAUUUGAAGAUCUUUUUACUGCGCACCAAGGCAAUUUCUCGGAAUGGGCAGGUGUCUCCAAGGAUGCAGUGGAGAGCUUCAAGCCCAACUAUCAUGAAAGCAUCUGCUGUGUCAGUGAGCUGUUCCCUGGUGGGGGCUAUUUACCCAUCUGCAACAAUGCCAUGGGCAAGGCUGGAGGAGUGGCUGGCAUUCCUGCAGACCCUACCCUCAAGGUCAACAUCGAGUAGGGCCUGUGGAACAGCCAUUUGUGGGUUGUCAUGCUCCGUGGCUAGGAGCUCCUGAGGCUAUUGCCCGUCUUUUUAGAGAACCUUUCCCCAAAAGUAAUGACCCCUUAGAAAUCCUUGAUCCCUCCGCCAGCCCAUCCAUAGAUAUAGCCCUGCCAAGUGUUCCUUUAGGUCUGCAGGCUUAGGAACAGGGUUUAAGGUCCCUCUUUCCACCCCUUAUCUUUCCUCUGCCUGGCCUCCAAGCUGCUUUUGUUUUCAGUUUAGCUUAUUUGUUCUAUCAGCUAACGGCACAUUUGCACUGUAUGUGCAAAACACACUCAACACACAUUUCAAGCACAUAACUUACUGGGACCUGUGGAUUCCCCUGCACAGAGCAAUACAAACUAUAGCUUCCAUGGUUCUUAAGGGGGAAGUAGUGUGCUUUUAAUGUAUGUUGUGGAUCAACCCCUCUAGCCCUCAGGUACAUUGUAGGGUUAUCAAGUCUUCCACAGUAUACAUAAUAUUCACAAUAUGCAUGCACACAAAUUGUGCCUUAUGAAAUAAGAAUAUAACAAAACAGGUGAACACUCAGAAGCAGUUGGAAAAUGCAUACAGUUUUAACUCAGAACUCAUCCUCCCUUUAAUCACUUUGGCCUGGUUUUGAUGGUUACAGA